AUGGUGCUCCAGGACAGCCCAGAACGAUGUACCCAUCCUAUAUUAAAAGGUGCUCAUCCUAUAUUAAAAGGUGUCCAUCCUAUAUUAAAAGGUGCUCUUGCUAUAGUAAAAGGCAGUGUUGUCAAUUUUAAUGUCCGCGCCAAAUUUGGCAGACCGGACAUUUUCGGAUAUUGUCCGACGUCUGAGUCCGAAUUUUGUCUGAGUGAAUCUAUUGUCGCUCGGACAAUGUCUGCGA